UAUAAUUCGCUCUAAUGCAUGCCCUCUUAUGAAAUUGUUCCAUAGUCUCUCCAUGCGGUCGGCUACGGAGGAUAUUUUCGUAAAUUUAAGUCUUCACUCCACGGGGGGAAAUUAACCGUCACAUUCAUAGUUGGACAGAAUUCCGAACGUACGUAAGUUCCCAAUCCUCCAGUCCAAUCCAUUUCCGAGUCCGGAAAAGAGAUAGCAGACUAUGAUAGGAUCCACGAGCUGCCGUGGACUCUCUCUGAUCUUGGCUCUUGGUCUGGCAAUGCUCGUCGGGAUCUCGGCUAAUCUCCAUGAUGAUACCAUACUCCAAGUCACGGAAGAUCCCUUGUCGCUCUUCCGCAGCCGCAGGUUCUCGCCUGGCCAGACGGUCCUCGGCCUCCUCCGCAGCGGCGCUGCCGAGAGGCACUUCCGGGCCUUCGUAGAGGAGUACGGCAAGAGCUACUCAACCCAGCAGGAGUAUCUUCGCCGCCUGGAGAUCUUCGCCAGGAACCUGGUGAGGGCUGCCGAGCAUCAGGCAGCGGACCCGACAGCAGUCCACGGCGUAACGCAGUUCUCAGACUUGACGGAGGAUGAAUUCGAGCGGCUGUAUACUGGCGUCCGAGGCGGCACCUCAGGAGGAGGAAGAGGGGGACUUGAGGGAUUAGAGCAGGCCGGUGUGGCUGUGGAGGCUGGGGAUUUGCCGGAGGAUUUCGACUGGAGAGAGAAGGGAGCUGUUACAGAGGUCAAGAUGCAGGGUUCUUGUGGGGCAUGCUGGGCUUUCAGCACGACAGGAGCAGUUGAAGGAGCCAACUUCAUCUCGACCGGGAAGCUUCUAAACCUUAGCGAGCAGCAGCUAGUCGACUGCGAUAAUAUGUGUGACUUAUCGGACAAGAGCGCAUGCGACAACGGGUGCCACGGAGGUCUUAUGACAAACGCCUACAGGUACUUGAUUGAGGCAGGUGGGUUGGAGGAGGAAAGCGCUUACCCUUAUACCGGGAAGCGCGGAGAGUGCCAAUUCAAGCAAGAGAAUAUAGCUGUUAAGGUCGCAAAUUUCACCAACCUCCCCAUCGACGAGGUUCAGAUUGCUGCACACUUGGUCCGACACGGCCCCCUCACCGUGGGGCUAAAUGCAGUGUUCAUGCAAACCUACAUCGGUGGGGUCUCGUGCCCGUUCAUAUGCGGGAAGAGAUGGGUCAACCACGGGGUGCUGCUCGUGGGCUAUGGUUCGAAAGGGUUCUCCGUAUUGAGGCUCGGGAAGCAGCCCUACUGGGUCAUAAAGAACUCAUGGGGUAAGAGGUGGGGCGAGCAUGGUUAUUACCGGCUGUGCCGGGGACAUGGGAUGUGCGGGAUGAACACAAUGGUCUCUGCCGUCGUGACGCAGAUCUCAUAGUUCUUAUUGUUCAUUUUUCAAUGCUGCGGAUGGACCUCGUGAACUUAUCAAUAUGCAUGCUUAUUGAUUUCGAGGUUCAUCUUUUUGUAGCUAGCUAGGCAAUAUCAUAUUACAAUAGGAUAUAUGAUAGUUUCAAUUCAAUAAUUACGGAUUUGCUAAAGGCGUUGCUAUAUACACCGGUGAAUCUCGAUCGAUGCAGUGAUGUAUAAUUAGGGGGCCAUUUGAUUCAGAACGGAAUGAGACGACAAGGACCAGAUCGGGAAA